CUUAGGUAACCAACCAGCUUGCUGGUGGGAACAUUUUACAGGAAGUGUAGCAUGAUUUACUUUUCUCCCGCCUAUCAUAUAGGUCUGUGAGUAUAGACUUGCCAAUUUUGCAUUUCAUGGGCAGAGGACAACUGCACCAGGCGUGUAAGAGCUACUCACCAAGAUGAUCAAAAUUGGAGUGAUUGUGGUACUUCUCAGUUUGAUGUAUGUGACACAAUGCAAUGAUGUUCAGUAUCAAACUCAAGUUCGGGAGGUUCAUCAUGGGGACCCAGUGACUCUCUACUGUGUUUUUUCAAAGGAAGAUAUCAAUAUGUUCUGGUACAAACAAAUAGUUGGGCAAAAGCCUCAAAGUAUUGUAACAAUGACAAAAUAUGAUAUGACUGUAUGGCACAAGGACUUUAACCAUUCACGUUUCAAUGUGGAGAAGGCUGAUGCUGAUGGGAUGUAUCGACUUGCUAUUACAAACACGGACCCAACAGAUGAAGCCGUGUACUAUUGUGCAGUGAGAACAGCCUAUGAAGUCAACUUUAUCAAUGGGACUCAUUUACUAUUGAAAGGUAAGAAUCACCAAAGGUCACACUACCAUACUGUGGUGCAGAGGCCAGUGUCUGACCCAGUCCAUCCAGGAGACUCUGUGACUCUGCAGUGUACAGUACUCUCUGAGACCUGUACAGGAGAACACAGUGUGUACUGGUUCAGAGCCGGAUCAGGAGAAUCCCAUCCAGGAGUCAUUUACACCCCUGGGAACAGGAGUGAUGAGUGUGAGAAGAGCCCUGAGACUCCCUCUCCUACACAGAGCUGUGUCUACAGCUUCUCAAAGAACAACCUCAGCCUCUCUGAUGCUGGGACUUACUACUGUGCUGUGGCCACAUGUGGGGAGAUCCUGUUUGGCAACGGAACAAAACUGGAUGUCAAAGUUGGGAUGGACUGUAAUGCCCUGGUUCCACUUGGUAUUGGUCUGUGUGGAGCAUUGAUGUUGAAUGCUGUUUUACUGUUCUUUAUCCACUCAAGUCAAAAGGAAACAAACGAUGACACAUCUCUACAAAUCUGUGACGCCAUUCUCAGUGCUGACCAGUUGGGCCAACAGGGAUUCAGUGGUGACUGGCUACAAUACACUGGAGUGACCUUUACCACCAAGACAACUGGAACUAGGAGAAAGAAAUGAAAGAACAGGGGAAGCAUCCAAUCGGUCAACCAUUUUAAGUUGCAACCUGACAGAAACAAGCAACCUUUUUUUACAGACAUAGAUUACAGUUUGUUUUCUACAGUUUAAAGGGGUGUAAUUCCCAGAGUUACUAACCAAUCCUGUAUACCGUGUGUGGCUUGUGCUUUCUUGUUUCUUUGAUUAUUUCAGAAAUCAAGUGUGAAUACAUGUGCUGUAAGUUUAAUUAGUAAUCCAUUUCAAAGAGUUGAACUUUGAUGACAGUUGUGUAAAUCAACUUUGUAAUUUUAUUAAAAGCUCAAUUUUAUAUAAUGUGAUGAAUCAGACAAUGUUUAAUGAUAAAGUGGUUUGAUGAUUCUACACAGCCGUACUGGUACAUGCUGGUACAUUAUAGCUAUAAUCAUGCUGUUGGAACUCAAGAAAUACUGUAGAACGUAAUUAACCUACAUUAAAUACAAUGUUUAAGAA